AUGGAAAUAUCCCAGCUGGCACGACUGUUUAAGGACAAGUACGCUGAGCAGCAGCGCAGGACGAUCCGCGAGCUGCUCCGCGAGCGCCGGCCGAGCACGCGGCCGUUUGGCAGGCAGCUCGCCGCGAUCAGCCGCCUGAUGGACAGGUACGCCGACCAGGAGGCCCAGUCCGCCGCCCUCGACGUGGUGCUGCGGUCGGGCGGCGCUGCUCGCGUGGUACAAGAGCGACUUCUUCACGUGGGUCGACAGACCCCCCUGUCCGUGCGGCAACGCAGACCAGAGCAAGAUACAGCCGCUGCAGCCGGUGGGGCCGUACAAGAAGGAGCACUUCGACGGCCGCGCGGACAUCGUCGAGCAGUACCGGUGCCUCAGGUGCGCCCAGACGAUCGAGUUCCCGCGCUACAACAACCCCAAGACGCUGCUGUCGCUCCGCAAAGGCCGCUGCGGAGAGUGGAACAACUGCUUUAUUCUGCUCCUGUGCUCGCUCGGGCUCAAGGUGCGGUACAUCUGGAACGCCGAGGACCACGUGUGGUGCGAAUACUACUCGCAGCACCUCGGACGGUGGGUGCACCUGGACAGCUGCGAAAACCAGUUCGACAACCCGACGCUCUACUGCGACGGCUGGGGCAAGAAGAUGUCGUACGUGUUUGCCGUCAGCGCGACGUACAUUGCCGACGUGUCGCCGAAAUACAUCAAAAAGGGCCAGCUGCCCCGAAACAGGCUGGGCGAGUACGAGCUCGCAGACACGCUAGCAUACAUUAA